CUCCGAGUCUAUCUGGUCUCUAGCCAUGGAACAAAGAGAGCAUGUAUGGCCACUAGCUCCGGCCACGGACCGACUGAGUAGCGACGUCGAUGCGGCGAGGGCGUUAAGUGUAAAGAAAGUCCGCCGCAGAAAAUAUGUCAAAUGUUGUGGUUGCAUCACAGCUUUAUUGCUCAUCCUAGCAUUAGUGACAGUUAUUCUACUCUCGACAGUGUUCGGUAUGAAGGAACCCGAAUUAAAAUUGAACAGCUUUACAGUCACUCAGCUUAAACUAAUUAGUGGUAGGAUUCCGGAGCCUGGGUUCAACAUGUCAUUUAUAGCAGACAUUUCAGUGAAAAAUCCAAACGUAGCUUCAUACAGAUACAGUAACACCACCACGAGCCUUUAUUACCAUGGCAUGUUUGUAGGUGAAGCCAGAGGGCCACCCGGCUACGCCAAGGCCCAAGAAACUUUGCGCAUGAAUCUCACAGUGGAUAUCAUCACCGACCGGUUGUUGUCCAGCCCGAAUUUGCAAUCUGAUUAUGUCUCUGGCCUUCUGCCUGUGGUAAGCUACACGAGAGUUGGUGGAAAGGCGAAUAUUUUGAAUGUCUUUAAAAUGCAUGUUACGGUGACCAUGAAUUGCAGCGUGGCACUUAAUAUUUCGAGCCAGGGUAUUCAGGAGCACAAGUGCAGUAAGAGAAAGGUUGAUCUCUAG